GCGGGUUGGUGCCGCACACGAGGAGCGGGGAGCCGCAUGCAGGGAGACGGGAGACGGGAGUGAGGGGUCCCGUAGCUGGAUAGAGCCCCAGCCCGGCGCCGUGUGCAGGACAGGAGCGGCGGGGAGAACGCUACCCUGCCCGGGGAGAGAGGAGGGAGCGAUGUCGGACCGCCUGCUACCCCCGUCCCCUAACUGGUACCUGGGGCGCUGCAGCGACGCUGCCCCCGCCGCCGCCGCCGCCCACCUGGGCUUCGGGGCCAAGAACAGCGUCUUCCUGCUGGAUGUGACCCGCGGCCGCCCUCAGAUCCUCGGGGAGCUGAGGGGACACACGGAGAGGGUGACGGGCUUCUCGUUCUGCCCGCACGCUGGUCACACCAACACCUGCGCCAGCUCUUCGGACGACGGCACUGUCAAAAUCUGGGACACGGACACUAAAGCUGUGCUGAAGGAACACACUGCCCACCUGGCAACUAUCACGGCCCUACAUUGGUCCCCGCUACGGAAAGACUUGGUGGUGAGCGGGGAUGAGAAGGGAGUUGUCGUUUGUUGGUGGCAUUUCAAAGACGAGACCCAGAGCUGGUUCCCGGAGCCCAGACACAUCUUCUGCCUGUCCUGUUCCCCACACCGUGAGGAGCAUGUAGCCCUGGGGUAUAAAGAUGGGAUGAUUGUCAUCAUUGACGUCAGCAGGAAAGGUGCCGUUGUUCAUCGCUUGCGGGGUCACGAUGGAGAGAUACAAGCACUGUCCUGGUGUCCCCAACUCUGCGACGGCAGAAUCCUGGGGCGGUCCGAGAAUGCGGCAGAAGCGGAUUGGCAGAAUGGCGAUGUUUUGAAGGAGGAGAGCGAGCGAUUCUGUGCUCUGGCAUCGGGGAGCAGAGACCAGACUAUCCGUAUCUGGAACUGCACAAACGGCAAAGGUGUGGUGACCCUGAAGCUGCCUCAGAUGAAGAGGAGAGGGGCGGCCGAUGUGGGGAUCAAGGAACGUAUCUGGCUCGCGGUGCAUUGGCCGCGUGAUCGUCCCACCCAACUGGUUUCCAGCAGCUUCGGGGGGGAGCUGCUGCUGUGGGACCUGGUGAAGGGGGGCCGCCAGAGGUGGUCAGUACUGGGGCAGUCGAGCGAUGGGCAGAACCACAGCCGGAUCGUCUUCAACCUGAGCUCCGUGAGCGGCGAGGACGGACGAUCACUCCUGCUCUCCACCUCCAUGGACAGAGACGUGAAAUGCUGGGACCUCGCCACGCUGGAGUGUUGCUGGACCCUGCCCACCCUGGGUGGCUUUGCCUACAGCCUCGCCUUCUCCCCGGUCAACUCCGGCUCGCUGGCGGUGGGAGUGGGGGACGGCAUGAUCCGAGUCUGGGAUACCAUCUCACUCCAGGGACCUUACGACAUCAAGACCCUCUGGCAAGCCAUCAAGUCCAAGGUCACAUCGUUGUGUUGGCAUCCGACCAAGGAGAGCGUGUUAGCAUUUGGAACGGACGAUGGCAAAGUUGGCAUUAAUGAAAUCUAUUCAAACAAACCUCCCCAGAUAUCCAGCUCUUACCACAGGAAGACUGUGUACGCUCUUGCAUGGGGGCCCCCUCUCCCUCCAGUAGCUCCAGCCGGUACGGGGGACGGGCCAGCGCUGACACUGUACAGUUGUGCGGGCGAGGGCAUCAUUCUGCAGCACAACCCCUGGAGGCUGAACGCCGAGGCCCAGGACAUCAACCGCCUCAUCCGUGAGACCAAUGCCAUCAAGCAUAAACUCCCUGGUCGCAGUGAACUGAGCUGGAAACCUGACGGGAAAGUCCUUGCGAUCGGAAAUGACGAUGGGUCCAUCGAGGUUUACCAGGCCCCGCUGCUCAGGCUGUUGUGCACGGUGGAGACUCACCACAAGCUGAUCAACGCCAUCCGCUGGCACCACCCCCACAGCCUGGACCCCGAGCUCAGCUCCCUCAUCGCAUCCGCCUCCAACAACGCAACAAUCUACGUUCACAACCUCCGCACCGUGCUAGAGAAUCCUUCGGGAACACCAGCUACGAUGACGGAGCCGUAUCGGACGCUGUCCGGGCACACGGCAAAGGUGACCAGCCUGGCAUGGAGCCCACACCACGAUGCCCGGCUGGUCUCUGCCAGCUACGAUAGCACGGCACAGGUCUGGGAUGUUCUGAAGGAGGAACCGGUGUGUAACUACCGGGGCCAUGCGGGGAGACUUCUGGGGGUGCAGUGGUCACCGGUGGAUGCGGACUGCAUCUGGACAGGGGGAGAUGACUUCACGGUGCGGCAGUGGGAGGUUUCGAAGCAGGAACACACUCGUCCACCAGCAGGAAAAAAGUAUUCCGAUCUGGAGAGGAAGAAGUUGAGCGGAUUGAAAUCCAAAUCCAAGAAAGGGAAGAAAAGGUCGGAGGUGUGGCCGGUGGGUCAGGAUGAGAAGGAGACUGUGGACCCUUCACCCCCGACCCCUGUGGACGCCAGAGUGCGGGAAGAGGAGCGGGAAUGUCGAGGGGAAGAACAAUCCGUCUCCAGUGGGGCCUCGUCUCAAGCCCCGUUAGAGGAAGUGGGAUCUCGGGAAAACAUGGAACACGCGCUUCCCAAUGGCACACAAUUGCCAGCGAGCCUGGGUCUUCAGGGAAGGAAGGACCGGCCAAAAGAGAGGAAGAGGGAGAAGCCAGAGGCCAUGGGGAAGAGGAAGAAAGGCCCCUCGCUGUUGCCGCUGAGCGCGGCCAACGAUCACCGAUGCAAGGAGGACCUGCAGGAGGACUGUGUGCACCUCGCCCGCAUCCGUCACCAACAAGGGUGUGAGGGUGAGGCUGCCACUGGAUCGGGCGACCGGGUGCAGCUCGGGCUGUUCGUGGACAGACCAACGCUCCACCGCAUGUUAGACGAGGAAGCUAAGAACCAUGCGGAGGCGGGUCACACGGACCUGGGCUAUCAGCUGCUUCUGUGGAAAGGCGACGUGAAGGGAGCCUUGGAGACGGCCAUCGAGAGGGUGGAGCUGAACGACACCUUGGUUGCCAUGGCACCCAUGGCUGGGUAUGCCGUUUGGGUGAGAGCAGUGGAGGCUUUUGUGAAGCAGCUGUGCUUCCAGGAACAUUACGUUAAGGCUGCCACCCUGCUCCUGUCUGUCCACCGCGUCUACGAGGCAGUGCGCUUACUGCAGUCCCACCAGCUCUUCCGAGAAGCCAUAGCUCUUGCUAAAGCCCGUCUCCAACCUGACGACCCGGUACUGAGGGAACUCUACACCGGCUGGGCUAGCCUGAUGGAGAAGGAUGGACAUUACACUCUGGCGGCAAAAUGUUACCUGGCCAUGGACUCUCCGUUCGAUGCGGCCAAGGUGCUGGCGAGGAAGGGUGAUGUGGCGUCGCUGGGCGCGGCAGCCGAGGUGGCGGCGGUCAGUGGUGAGGGGGCGCUGGCUAGUCAGCUCCGAUCCCGCUGUGCCCUCGACCUGGUAGCUCAGCGAGACUGGCCAGGGGCUCAGGAGGUGGUGGGAGCCAGUGAGACCUUGCUGGGCCUGCGUUUGGUGCUGUGUACGUUGGAGCUGCUGUGCCGGCAGUUGGAUCGGCGCGGGGCGGUGACGUGGAGGAGCGUGUCAGUGCCGCGCUACCACGGCUGGAGCGGACCUGGCGAGGGGAGUGAGAGGCCGGCGGUCAGUCUACUGGACGCGGUCCUGGCCGCCUGGCGGGACGGCUUCGGCGUGACGAUGAUCGACCAGGAGCGGCUACAACAGGCUCGCCGGCAGCUCAGCGCCACCGAGCACGCUGAGAGCACGGCCAACACACCGCCCAGACUGCUGCUGCUCCACCUCUCGCACGAGGUGAGCGUGUCGCUGGUGUGUGCGCUGGUCUCGGCGUACGGAGACUCGGUCACCGCACUGCUCCACGUACUCGUCCGCUGUCUCCGUGCCGGCAACUUCACCCUGAUGCAGGACAUGGGCAACAUGCUACUGCCGACCGGGCCAGAAUUUAUCCCAGAUUUGGAGGCCAAGAUGACCUCUGACCCCCUUGGCCUAGCUGCCCUCCAAAGCCUGCGGGCCUUCCUGUGUUACAGCCAGCUGUAUGAGCUGUGGUGGAAGCAGGGGGCGGAACGUUCCAGAACCAGCGCGGAGGAGGGGAAGGACGAAUGCCAGGGGGACAAGGAGGGAGGAGGUGGGCCCAGCCUCGGGAUCUCAGCCUUGGAGCCUCUGGCCGAAGCUCGGUCGUGCCUGGCCGGGUCGGACUGCCUCCUGUCUGUGGAACAUGCCAAGCUCCAGGCCCUGGACAGACGGGCUGCUGAAAUCCAGCGAGCAGUGGCCGCGCUGGUCAACGUCCACCAGAGACAGGUGGCCCACGGGCCCGCGCUCGGGACUGGGCCUGGAGGUGGCCCCGAGGCUGAGGUCAAGCCUGAACCUGAACUGGAGAGCGAGGCUGGAGUUAGGUCUGCAUCCCCGACUAGGCCUGAGCCAGUAGUUAGACCUGAGGCUAAGCCUGGAGUUGGCCUCGAUCCUGAAAUGGUGAGAGAAGCUGGAGUUAUCACUGGGCCUGUAGUUAGGCCCAAACUGGAAACCGAGCCUGAAGUUGGGCAUGAUCUUGGGGCCAGGCCUGAGCUUAAAAUAGUGCUUGAGGUGAGUCCGACAUCCACUGAUCCUAGAGUUGGGUCCGACCUUGCCCAGACUGAUCCUGAAAUGCAAUGUGAGAUGGGACCUGAACCGGAGCCCACAGUUAGGCCCAAAACUGGGCCUGAUCUUGGGGCCAGGCAUAAUCCUGAAUUGGAGAGCGAGGCUAGAGUUAGACCUGAAUGCGAGACGAGGCCUGGGGCCACAGUUAGGCCCGAACCUGUGAUUGAGCCUAAAGUUAGUCCUGAAAAUGAGACUAGGCCCGAACAAGAAAUGGAGAGCGGAGCUGGAGUUAGGCCCGAAACUGAGCCUGGAGAUGGACACGAGACUGGAGCCGAGCCUGAUCCUGAGGCUAGGACCGAUGCAGAAAAGGCGCCCGAGGCUGGGCCUACAACCAGGCUUGAACUGGAAGCUGAGGUUAGGCCGGAACCAACGCUCGAGAAUGGGUCGAAGGACACGUCCGAAGAAACAGCCUCCUCGAGACAAUGUGAAGGCGAUCUUACGUUAUGUGCGGAAGGUCCGGGCUCGAUGGUGAGUCUGACGCAGGAGUUACAGCGCGUGUACAGAGAGCGGGAGACCAUCGCAGAGAUCGUGAAGCGCCACCCCUUCCCUGACGUGUCAGAGUGCUGCCUCCUCAUCCUUUCCCUCCACUCCCUCUCCCCCUCCCUCCUCCCCCCUGACCUGCCCUCCCGCUCCCUCUCCCUCCUCCGGGAUCAUGGCUCUGACCGGGAGCGACACUCCGCCAUCAGGAUAUCCCGUCCGGAUACCGUCUGAUGGGAAGGGAGACCACCGGCGUUCCCGGGUGCUCCGUUCCGGAUAUCGUCUGAGACGAAGGGAUGGAGACUGCUGCUCCCGGGAGUUCUGCUCUGGACAUUCCAUCCGAUACCAUCUGAGGCGCUGGGGAGCGACACCGCGCGUUCCCGGGAACUCCAAGCAUUCGGAUAUUCUGUCUGAGGCAAAGGGGGAGAGAGUCCAGUGUUCCCGGGAACUCUGCUCUGGAUAUCCUGUCUGGAUACUGUCUGAUGGGGAAGGGAGAAAGUGACCGGCGUUUCCGAGUGUGGAGCGCCGGAUGGAGGAAUCGUGCUGGGAAUCACGGAGUUACACGGCACCUCCGUAGCGACGAGGGGAGGGGGGAGAGAAUGUGAGCUCUCUGUGUACGGGCAGGGACACAGAGACAGACGUACAGACAGACACACACAGAGACAGACGCACACAAACGGAGACACAGACGAACAGAGGGAGAGAUGCACACACACGCACACUUCCUCCCCUGCUCUGGAUCUGACCAUUCCGCAGUGGGAUUUUUGCGCUAAAGUUCGGCGACACCACUCUCGCUCACAGCCCGGUCCCGCAAAUGUGCCGUUGGACACUGGCUGCAGACACACUGGAUGUGAGUCUCAUCCCCUCCCCUCCCCCUGCUCUCGCACCUCUGGGGCUGACUUUCCCCAAGAGUAGAAUUCUCCCCACGCUCCAAGGUAUGAACCUCUCCUCCACAAGGGUUGGGAUUGCUCAGGAAUCUCACUCACUCCAAUCCACACCCUCACUGUUCCUCAGACUGAGCACACACGCCCAUGCCAAAGGAAGACACAAAGUGCUGGAGUAACUCAGCGGGUCAGGCAGUAUCUGGAGAACACGGAUCUGACCGUUUCGGGACACUUCUUCAGAUUGUUGGUGUGGAGAAAGCUGUAAAAGAGAACUCAUUUUUUGUCCCCCUCAUGUCUCCCACCUAUUUUCUCCCCCUCUCUCCAAAAAUCAGUUUGACGAAGGGUCCCGACCCAAAACCUCAUCUAUCCAUGUUCUCCAGAGAUGCUGCUUGACCCGCUGAGUUAUUCCAGCACUUUGUGCCCUUUUGUGUAAACCAGCAUCUGCAGUUCUUUGUGUCCCCACUUAUCCCAGAGGACCUGGCUCUCCUGAACCCCAAUAGACAUUCCUCCUUGGACCUCACUCCCCCACCCCAGCCCUGCCCUUCCCAUGGGUUACGGUGCCCUUACCAACAUCUAGAGAGAGAUAGAGAGGACCAUCUCUCAGAUAAAUCCCUGGAACCUCCCUCUCGUUGGUCAGAAGGAGUGCAGUGGUCAAGAUCUCUGCAGAUCAGCCAGCAAGGAGAUACUUGGGAGAUGGCUGCCUCUGGUCUUUCAGCAGAAGAUGGAGAGGCUCGUUCUCUGGAGAUCUCUGGAUCUCUCAAGGGUGAUGGUUGCCUCUGAUCCCUCAGUAGCAGACGGAGAGCCAUAUUUAUGAACCACAGCGAUGUAGAGGAUGAGGGAGCACCGUGGAUGCCAGUCCUUGGAUAUUAAACUUCUCAACACCAAUAGUGGACCAAGCAGAUACUGUGACUGGAAGCACAGCCGUGGGUUUAAAGACUAUCGUGUGUUUUUGUUUCCCCUUUAAUACACUAGUCCACUUUCAAUUAAGGUUAACUUUGUGCACGGGCUGGCUAUGUGUUUUCAGAUUUGUAAUCAUAAUCCUGUUUUUAUACAAUAAAAGUUCCUGCACCAUCA